AGGGUUAGCUGUGUGUAGACAGACACACACACACACGCACACACACAAAGUCAACGGGGAGGCACUGCUUGUGACUGUGUUCGUGGGUGUCAAUGUUUUCGACAGAAAUGUUUAAGAAGAAACCAAACAUUCCUCCACGACCAUCUCCCCCAGGAAUAUCUCAGUUAAUAGCAGAUCUUGAUAACUCGGACAGUGAUGACAUUGUUUUCCAGAGAAAUAAACUUGCAUUAGAAAAUUUGCUGAAUGAAAUUGAAAACAGUGAAGAAGACAGCGGUGCUGGCGAUGAUGAAAAUGACCCAGAAAAAUUGUAUCUCCGGGUGAAAAAUUUUGUGGAAACAAAUAAUAUACUGCACGAAUACGUGAAAACAUUGGAGCAACAAAAUGACAACCUUCAAAUCUGUGACGCUGAAUUGAAACGAAUAGCGGAAGAAAUCCGGAAACAGGCGCAACAAGCUCUAAAGUGAACUUGGAAUACCGCAAUUGUAAUAAAAGGAAGACAGCGUCUUUUUUAAAUUAUUUGAUUUCGCUUGUGUUUAUGUUGCUGUAUCACCCUGUUGUUGCGUUUCAAUAACUUGAGUUGUAUUUGGAAUUAUUCAUGAGAGAUAAAUAUGUGGGUACAGUAAUUGAAAUGUAUUAUGAAACGGUAUAUGAUUGUUUCGAGUACUAGUAGCUAUGAAGGUUGGGUACGGUAGCUUAGAACCAAUCUAGGCGCUUCAGUCUGGAACCGCGUGACCACUACGGUCGCAGGUUCGAAUCCUGCCUCGGGCAUGGAUGUGUGUGAUGCCCAUAGGUUAGUUAGGUUUAAGUAGUUCUAGGGGACUGAUAACCACAGAUGUUAAGUCCCAUAGUGCUCAGAACCAUUUGAACCAGAGCCAAUCUCAGGUGCCAAUGUAAUUAAAAGAAUAGCUUCUACUCACCACAUAGUGGAGACGCUGAGUUGAAGAAAGGCAUAACAAAAACACUAUCAAACAACUAGCUUUCAGCAAACAAGGCCUUUGUCUAAAUUACACAAAAUACACACACUUACGCAAAUGCAACCCACACGCAUAUGAUCACAGUCUCUAGCAAGUGGUUGUAUGUGUAAGAGUUUUUUUUUUUUUUUUUUUUUUUCUCCGCUCAGCAUCUCUGCUAUAUGGUGAGUAGCAACUAUCCUUCUUUUCAUUAUAUUAUUACAUUCCAUCCUGAUUUUCCAUUGUUCAAUCUGAGAUACUUGAGACAAUAGUCAAACUGUUGUUGCACAAGCCAUUAGGUAGAAAUACUUUUGUGAAUUGCUUCGGGAUAGUGUGACCUCCUAGUUCAUAGUUUACCAGUCACUUCACAUCACAAUGAGCAGAAUACAGUAUGUGGAGCCUUUGGCAACAUUUAACAAAGAGCUGUGAUAUUUGUUAAUACAGUGUUCUUUUCUUGCAAAGUGCAUUGCAGGAAACUUUAUCUUUUUGUUGUAUUUGAAAACUUCAUUUACGGAAGAUAGUAGUGUACAAAUUUUUCCCAGCAAUAAUCUAUGUUGCCAUAUAUUUAAAAAUGUGUUUGUAAACUAAUUUACAUAUUCCACGUCAUAGAUAUUGUGAAAUUGAUUGCUGGAAGAUGCAAAUUGCGUAUUAACCAGACACAUUGAUUCUCAGUAAAUAGUUUUGAAAACACACAUUUGGAAUUUACAUACUACCAUACUUUUCACACUGUCCAUUAAUUCUGUAUGUUAAGAAAGAAAAUAAAGACCAUUAGAAAUUUUUUGUUUCCAACAGCCGAA